GCGCCGGGUGCUCAGGUGUCGGCUGGGCUCGGCGCAGAUGCUCCUGAAGUUAGGGCUUGGGGGAUUGUUUGAAUUAAAAAUGAUUUAUUUGGGAGCACGCGGAGGGGAUGGAGCGUCCGACCCCGUCGGUGUCCCUGCCGGUGGGUGCCUCUGUGCGGGAAGGAAUCCUGCAGAGGGUCAGGCUGAGAGCGAAGGGAAUUCUCGUGGCCAACCCUGGCUCAUGUCAGUGACCCCCAGGGCUUGCCGAGGAGGCAGGAUUCCUGCUGUGCCGGGCUGUCUGUGUCCAGAUGUUCUCAAACAACGACGAAGCUGUGAUCAACAAAAAACUUCCAAAAGAGCUGCUGCUUCGAAUUUUCUCUUUCCUGGAUGUGGUCACUCUGUGUCGCUGUGCUCAAGUCUCCAGGGCAUGGAAUGUUCUGGCCCUGGAUGGCAGUAACUGGCAGCGAAUUGACCUGUUUGAUUUCCAGAGGGAUAUUGAGGGCCGAGUAGUUGAGAACAUUUCCAAGAGAUGUGGAGGGUUCUUGCGAAAGUUAAGCCUUCGUGGCUGUCUCGGAGUGGGAGACAAUGCAUUAAGGACAUUUGCACAGAACUGCAGAAAUAUCGAAGUAUUGAACCUAAACGGCUGCACCAAGAUCACAGAUGCUACGUGUACCAGCCUCAGUAAGUUCUGCUCUAAGCUCAGACACCUCGAUUUGGCUUCCUGCACUUCCAUAACCAACCUGUCCCUGAAAGCACUGAGCGAGGGGUGCCCACUGCUGGAACAGCUGAAUAUCUCCUGGUGCGACCAAGUGACGAAGGAUGGCAUCCAGGCCCUGGUGAGAGGCUGCGGGGGGCUCAAAGCCCUGUUCCUGAAGGGCUGCACACAGCUUGAGGAUGAAGCUCUCAAAUAUAUCGGUGCACAUUGUCCUGAACUGGUGACUUUAAACCUUCAGACGUGCUUACAAAUAACAGACGACGGGCUCAUCACGAUAUGCAGAGGGUGCCACAAGCUGCAGUCCCUGUGUGCCUCGGGCUGCUGUAACAUUACUGACGCCAUCCUGAACGCCCUGGGACAGAACUGCCCCAGGCUGAGAAUAUUAGAAGUUGCAAGGUGUUCUCAACUAACAGAUGUGGGCUUCACUACGCUAGCUAGGAACUGCCACGAGCUUGAAAAAAUGGACCUGGAAGAGUGCGUCCAGAUAACAGACAGCACGCUAAUCCAGCUCUCCAUACACUGUCCGCGGCUUCAGGUUCUGAGCUUGUCCCACUGCGAGCUGAUCACGGACGACGGGAUCCGCCACCUGGGAAACGGCGCCUGCGCGCACGACCGCCUGGAGGUGAUCGAGCUGGACAACUGCCCGCUGAUCACGGACGCCUCCCUGGAGCACCUGAAAAGCUGCCACAGCCUGGAGAGGAUAGAACUGUACGACUGCCAGCAGAUCACGCGGGCGGGGAUCAAGAGACUCAGGACCCACCUCCCCAACAUCAAAGUCCAUGCCUACUUCGCGCCCGUGACACCCCCUCCGUCGGUCGGGGGCAGCAGACAGCGCUUCUGCAGAUGCUGCAUCAUCCUAUGACGGCGGCGGCGGCCGGCCUCGCGGACCGAGUAUUUAAUGACACCCGUAGAGUCACGGUGGACACCAGUACCCUCGAGGAAAGCGAUCCCAGUGUCAUUCGCAAGGGCCAGUGACCAGGGCCGUGGCGCCAGGCCCCCGUAGCCACCCAUACGCAUACAUCCACACCCCCACCUGCUCCAGCAAACCGCUGAACUCCGCACCCCGGAGCUGGAGCUGUCGGCUUUUUCUGUAGGUGGAUUGGGAGAACUCGGAACCAUUCCUGCUGGGCAUGCUCAGACAAAAGCGCUGCGGAGAGGAGGGGAGGCUUUUGCGAACCCGAAAGGACUGCUGCUGCUGAUGAGGCUGGAGCGGUAACUGCAGCCCUUUGGAGCCGGGAGAGGGAGAGGAAGGAUCGUGCUUUAACCCUGCAUCCACUGGCCAGGAGGGGGGAAGAAAAAAAAAAA